CCAUUGGUGAUUAACUACAAAAUUUAUUAUUUUGGGUAUGUCAAAUUGACCUACUGCUAAUUAAAUCUCAAUUAUAUACAUGAGCAUUGUUUAGAAGUGAUAUCUAUAGAAACAGAAAAGAAUGCCAUAGAAGGGGGUGGGAUGAGAUGUAGAAGAAAUGAAAAGAAAGUUGUGUCAAAAAGUUCAAGGGGAUUAACCAAUGUAUCCAAUUUGUCUCCCAUACAUGUAAGUAAUAAGGAAAUAGUGUAAAUUGGUAGAAUCUGUUUUCCUUGCUAUUUCAGAAAAAAUCCAGUUUACUGCACUGGGAAAAAAAAAUAUGUGAAAAAGUUUAAUGCUCAUCAUUGUUUCAUAGGUCAUGCUUCGGCAUAAGUUGAUAGGAGAUAGUGACUCCCCGGGUCUGUGUUCAAUCCUCUCCUUGUCCUUCAGGAUCUGACCAACUUUAUAAUAAUUCUAGCUGUAUGUCUGAAGGCCCACACUAUGUUCUAUCCUCUACAGUAUUUUUUCACACCUCAGUAAUUGCCAUUAUAUUUUUUUGAAAUAGUCAAUGUUUGGGUCAAUAGACUAAAUUGGGAAUUGUUGAUACCUUAUUGGGAUAAAUAAUGCUAAAAUGGUUUAGAUAGGAGAUCAAUCUGUGCACAAAUAAUAAUAUAUUCAGAAAAGAAAAGAAGUUUUAGAGUUAAUCAGGUUAGGAGAACCAAUCUCUUUUUGGCUUAAAUUUUAAGGAAAAAUGACGUGUAUAUUGACUAGCAAGUGAUCAGCCCUCCAUUUAGAUUAAUAGAAAUGGGAUGUGCAUUUAAUGUAUUUGGCUAUGUUGUGAAAAUGUAUGAAUCAGUCUUUUUUAUAUAUAAAUAUUUUGCCUAUAGAAUCCACACCGACCACAAAAUCUACAAUGGCACACAUGCGCACUUCCAUGAUGCCAUUUCUUGAGAGUAGGGACAUCUGCAUUCAAUCAGUUUUGAUGAAGUUGAAGGAUAUUAUUGGACAUGAGAAGGAGAAAACUUUUCGCAGAGAUAACAACUUUCUCAAUCUUGUAAUCAGAAAUGCUGUCCUUUCAACUGGAACAAGAUCAAUUAAGGGGUUUGAAUUCCACAGACUAAUUCAAAAGAUCAAACAGCAUGUCACAAACCUGGAUGCUGAUAAUAAGGUCCUGAUGAGCAUGAUUAAAAAAAAAUUGCUGGGCUGUAUAAAGCACUUAAAAAAAGGCAAGCCUCACCAGACCGAGAUUACAGGAAAAUGAAAAAAGCAGCACAAAAACUAUCUUUGCCCACAGAUGAAAUGGAAGGUGAUGUUGAAGAGCUGUUGAAAUCUGGGAAUCUAAUUUGUCUUUUGGGCAACGAUGGUUUCCCAGUAGCGAAGGCAAAUGUUACAGCAUUCCCCUGCACAGAUCUGUAUAUAUGUGACAAUGAAGAUGAAAAUGAGUGGGUGUCUGUGAUGAUACAUACAAAGAUGAGGAAAUCAACUAUGGACUUCCUUCCAUCGAAUAAUGCACACAAAACAUGGGAGGAAAUUGGGAGAAACAGCUUUGUGUCAUGGCCAUUGCAUAUGAUUGCCAAUAUCAGACGAUAUGAUGAGUAUAUGGAUGAGGCCAAGAAAGAAAGAAGAAAUGCAAAAAGAAAGCUUCCAGCAACCCCACCAGGACCAAGGCGGCGAUUGCCCUUUAUACCUACCCAGGCCGUACAACAUUGUCCACCCAGACUACCUACACCACCUCCAAUGGCACCAGAGAAUAGGCCACAAACACCAGAGAUUUUGUUACCAACUACCCCAAGGCCACAGACAACAGAAAAUAGGCCACAGACACCCCCAAGACCACAGACAACAGAAAAUAGGCCACAGACAUCCCCAAGACCACAGAUGAGGCCACAGACACCCCCAAGACCACAGAUGAGGCCACCAACUCCCCCGAGGCCACAGACACCAGAAAAUAGGCCACAGACACCCCCAAGGCCACAGAUGAGGCCACCAACUUCCCCGAGGCCACAGACACCCCCAAGACCACAGAUGAGGCCACCAACUACCCCGAGGCCACAGACACCAGAAAAUAGGCCACAGACACCCCCAAGACCACAGAUGAGGCAACCAACUCCCCCAAGACCACAGAUGAGGCCACCAACUACCCCAAGGCCACAGACACCAGAAAAUAGGCCACAGACACCACUAAGACCAAAGAUGCCCAACUCGAGACAUCUGUUAUUACCCUCAACACCACAGGCGACUCGGUCAAGAAUACAGGAACCACUGCAGAGACCAGAGACACUGAUCCAGACCAGGCCACAAAAAAGACACCAGGUGUCCCAGCCUCCAUCAGAAACAAAAUUAUUAAAGUCGACAAAAGGACCAAGGCUCCAUGACUUUGUUGAAGUUCAUUACCCAGUUUGCCAGGGUAGAAAGAAAACAACAAGGAUGUUUUAUGGACAGGUUUUGAAUGUUGAAAAUUUGACCGUGAAAUUUCUAAGAAAAGUUGGAGAAAAGACAUAUACUUGGCCAAAAUUUGAUGAUGUGUGUAAUGUUGAUGAAGAGGAGAUUUUCAAAGUGCUAGAAGUGCCGACAAUGGACAAUAGAGAAAGACUGGUUUUUGUGUAAAAAACUAAAUUUGUAGGUAUUAUUUUUAAGAACAGUGUAUAUUGUUCAGGAUAAGCAAAGGAUGAAGGUUAUUAUUUACCUUUUAUUGCUGUUGAAUUUAAUCAGUAUCUUUGAAAAAGACAUAUGUUGUUAGGUAUAUGCUUAUCUUGUAUGUAUUUAUCAAACAACGAAAUUACAAGAUUUAAUAUACAAAUGUUUAAAGCAGAACACUGCUUAUUGUCCAUAUGAACAAAAAUGAUAUCCAUGUUUAGACAAUGCCAUGCAGUAACUUACUGUAAUAAUCGAUGUGCUUUAAUUCGUUUUUCAUGCUGUUGUAUAUGGUAGGACAGAAAGUUAUAAUGAAUGCAAGUAAAUCAAUGUAAUUGAUAAAAAUAUCCGUUUAAUUGUAUUGGUGUGUAAUGUCUGUUUACAAAUCCUGCAUUGAGGAAUUGAAAACACUAAAUAAAAUGUCUUACCAAAACAUGUUUUUGUAUUUAUGAUUAUCUCAAAAUGCAUCAUUACCUUUGUAUGAGAUGAGAGUUCACUGCAGUACUUCAGCAUCCAUGGGUUGUUGCUAAGUCUGUGACCAUCGCGCAGCAUCUGUGUGAUGUGCUGCAAAACCGUGGAUCUGGAUACAGGUUGUCCUCCAUAGGAUUGGCACCGGACACAAUAACAUAUCUCUGUCUGGUUCAUUAUGACAAUAACAUAUCUGUCGGGUUGAUUACGAUAUGAUUUUGAAAUAUGAAGAAAGUUCAUUUAUUAAGCAUGCAUAUUUUAAACCUGCAUUCCGGUUUAGCCAAUGACUGUUCUUGUUGAUUUAAAGGUAACAGGUCAGCCAAUGAACUUCUUGCUGUUUUAAGCUCUCUUAAGAAACAAAUAGCACUCUUUAAUUUUGAGUAAAUGUAUCUUAACUCAACCUGUUGGUAAU